AUGUUCUUUUUAUUAUGUCUUUUUAUUGCUCGUGCUAUCAAUGAGAUCGUGUCACAAAAGAAUACACCAUCUAGAUCACCUUCUGCAGCACCAACAGCAUUUAAUGCAAAAGAUGGAGGUUGGAUCGCAAUUACAGUUAUAUUAGGCGUUAUUCUCUUACUUAUUAUUGGCAUUUUAGUUUACAUCACCGUUCUUCUUUGUUUAGAUAAGAAACAGCAACAACCUCUUGUUACGGAAUAA